GCGGGACGAGGGCCAGAAAGCGGCCUCUGAGUGGCCGGGAGAGCGUGCCUGGGGGAAGCUGGCCCAGCGGGACGGAGUCAGGGCUGUCGGCGGAGCACCAGGGAGCCGGAGGGUCCGGCCAGAGGGCGCCCCCUCCCAUCAAGCUUAGCCGCCGGCCUGCUACGCAUGCGCAGCCGCUGCAGUAGGCUCUCCUCUCCGGCCGUUCCGCGGCCCUGCGCAUGCGCGGCCCGCCCCUGCGGCAGAGCGGCGCCCCGGGCGUGACUGCCCCCUGCCGGCUGCGGGUGGGGGGGCGUCCCGGCCGGGUCCGUGGAGCGGGGAACGGAACACGCGCCUUGGAGUUCGGAGCUGUCCGCAGAAGUCGCCUCCUGUGCAGGCCCGAGCCUUCUUCCACACCAUGAACACGUCCCCCGGCACGGUGGGCAGUGACCCGGUGAUCUUGGCCACUGCAGGCUACGACCACACAGUGCGGUUCUGGCAGGCGCACAGUGGGAUCUGCACCCGCACGGUGCAGCAUCAGGACUCUCAGGUGAACGCACUGGAGAUCACGCCUGACCGCAGCAUGAUCGCUGCUGCAGGUUACCAGCACAUUCGCAUGUAUGAUCUCAGCUCCAACAACCCCAACCCCAUCAUCAGCUAUGACGGGGUCAACAAGAACAUUGCGUCCGUGGGCUUCCAUGAGGACGGCCGCUGGAUGUACACGGGUGGGGAGGACUGCACGGCCCGGAUCUGGGACCUCAGGUCCCGGAACCUGCAGUGUCAGCGCAUCUUCCAGGUGAAUGCACCCAUUAAUUGUGUGUGCCUGCACCCCAACCAGGCGGAGCUCAUUGUGGGUGACCAGAGCGGCGCCAUCCACAUCUGGGACUUGAAAACUGACCACAAUGAGCAGCUGAUACCUGAGCCUGAGGUCUCCAUCACGUCGGCCCACAUUGACCCCGAUGCCAGCUACAUGGCAGCCGUCAACAGCACCGGGAAUUGCUACGUCUGGAACCUGACGGGGGGCAUUGGUGACGAGGUGACACAGCUUAUCCCCAAGACCAAGAUCCCAGCGCACACCCGCUACGCCUUGCAGUGCCGCUUCAGCCCCGACUCUACGCUUCUCGCCACCUGCUCGGCUGACCAGACGUGCAAGAUUUGGAGGACAUCCAACUUCUCCCUGAUGACAGAGCUCAGCAUCAAGAGCAGCAACCCGGGAGAGUCCUCCCGCGGCUGGAUGUGGGGCUGUGCCUUCUCGGGAGACUCGCAGUACAUCGUCACCGCUUCCUCUGACAACCUGGCCCGGCUGUGGUGUGUGGAGACGGGAGAGAUCAAGAGAGAGUAUGGCGGCCACCAGAAAGCUGUCGUCUGCUUGGCCUUCAACGACAGCGUGCUGGGCUAGCCCGUGCUCCCCUGGGAUUUCAGGUGGCUGUCCAAGGAGCACCUGCGGACUAGGUCUGCCCAGCUGCCCAGGUCAGAGUGAACCUCCAUGGGCUAGCCUCUACUAGCCUGGCCAGCUGGAACUGCCUGGCCUACCCUGGCUCCCUCGGCCGGCUUAGACUGGCCAGGCUAGUAUGCCCUGGGAUUCUCUCAGCUCCCAGUUGCUUAUGUGGAUGUGACGAGGCUCAGAAGCCUACUUGAGCUAACCUUCACUUAUUCCAGAAAUUCCAGAUCCACAGGGCCUGGAGGUCCCAGGCUGGUGCCCAACCCCAAGCCAGUGCUCCCCUGCCCCACUCUGCCCAUUUUAUGUCCCGAAGUC